CUUCGUCGUGCCAGGCUUGAUUCAACUCAGUGACUGUGCUGUCUAGUUCAGAGGUGGCCCGACACUUAAUUCCUAGUCCUCUCACCUAAGCCCAAGUCCGCGGCUAUUCUAGGGUGGAAGGGCUGUGGCUUGCACCUUGUCUGUGACUACGACCUUGGACACGGCUAGACUCCCACCAUGUCUAUCAUAUCGGCCCACAACUCGCCGAUGAUAUCCAUCCCGAAGAAGACGACGGAGGAGGUGGAUUGGACAGGACCGAUCCGGAAUGCGAUAGCGCACUCGUACGGCGAGGAUCCAGACAAUUACGCCACGGAGUGCGCGAACCUGCAGAGAUGCAGGCAGGAUGCGGUGAAGGGUGCAGGGAGUGACAUGACCGCCAAGGACCUCCUCCACAAGUACUUCGGACAGCUUGAGCUCCUCGAGCUGCGCUUCUCCGAAAUCCGAGUCAACUUCCCAUGGCGCGACGCCUUCACGAAUAAGCUCACGACCCAGACGUCCAUCGCGUAUGAGAAGGCCUCCAUCAUCUUUCAGAUCGCGGCGACGCACUCCGCCAUCGCGGCCUCCCAGAAUCGUUCGGAUCCGGAGGGGCUUAAACGCGCAUUCUAUUACUUCAGAACGACGGCCGGUAUGCUCACGUACAUCAACGACAACUUCCUGCACGCGCCCUCGCUUGACCUCAGCCGGGAAGUGAUCAAGUUCUUGGUGGGGAUCAUCUUGGCGCAGGCGACGGAGGUGUUCUUCGAGAAGUGCACGGACGAGAAGAAGAGUAAUGCACUGGUGGCGAAGAUCGCAAGCCAGACGGCAUUCAUGUACACGGCUCUGAGCGAGGAGGUGAAGGAGUUCAUGGGAAAGGGCAUCUUUGACAGGAAUUGGGUCACUGUUAUCCAGGCGAAGGCAAAGUACUUCACAUCAGUGGCACAAUACUACCGUGGGCUCGCAGACAGCACAGCGGGAAAGCACGGCGAUGCUCUGGUUCGCUUCACCGUCGCAGAAACUGCCGCUAAGGAAGCCCACCGGACAGCGUCCUCCUUCGCCUCGCUCUUCGUCACCCAGAUGUCUCCAAACCUCCCACCGGACGCUGGACCCGCGCUGCAGGAGCUCACCAAGGCCCACCUUGCGCUCAUUACAGAUAAGAAGAACGAAGCGCAGCGCGAGAACGACCUGAUCUACAACGCAGUCCUCCCCACCCCGGAGACGCUGCCACAGAUAGAGAAGGCCGCUGUCGCGACGCCCAUCACCAUCCAAGAAGUCUAUGCGUCGCCCGACGUGCAGAAGGUCAUCGGCGUUGAUUUGUUCAUUCGCCUCAUCCCGCUUAGCGUGCACGAGAGCGCGAGUGUAUAUUCUGAGGAGAAGGCGAAGCUCGUCCGUGGGGAGGUGGAGAAGGCUGACAACGCGGAGGUGGAAGUGAAGAGCGCUCUUGACGCUCUCGGGAUCAAGGAGGGCCUCGUCCGCUACAAGGCCAUUGCAGAGGGCGGCGUUGGGGGCGAAGCCGAACUCCCUGUAGAGGUACGCCGGUGGAAGGAGGACAUCGCCGUCAUGGAGGAGCGUGAAGGCGUCGAAGGGAUCAUCGCGGAGCUCACGCGCAUGAAGGACGUCGUUCGCAGGGAGCUUGAUGGCGUCAGCCGCGAUUUGGACAAGGAGAGUAGGGAAUGCGAAGCGAUGCGUGUCAAGUACGACCACUUGUGGACCCAGGCGCCCUCCGCAGCCCUCACUAAGUCUCUCCGCCAGGACCUCAAGGCGCAUCUCUCGGCACUGGACGCGGCUGCGCAGUCGGAUCAGCAGGUCGUCAAGCUUUGGGAGUCUGUCAAGGGCGAGAUUGCACUGCUGUUGUCUCCAGAAAUCGAGGACGUCUUCAGGGCGAGUACUGAGAGGGGUGGUGCUGGGUUCGAGAAUCUGUUGGAUUUGGACGUAGGGAGCGAGGCCAAGGACGAGGAGGAGCGCCUCAAGAUCGGACAAUUCGUCGAUGAGAUUGAGGAGCGGCUGGGACGGCUGAACAAGAUACAGCACGAGCGCGGACAAGUCCUGAAGGAUCUCAAGGACAAGGUUCAACAAGACGAUGUUUCCCACUUGCUCUUGCUCAACAAGCGCAACACUGGCGUCGAGAGCACACUCUUCGCCGGAGAACUAGAAAAGUUCCGUCCCUACCAGCAGCGUCUCAGUGCCACUGUCCACCAUGAGCAGGUCAUUUUACAGGAGCUUACUGUGCUUUGGCGUGGUCUACGAGACCUGGCUGGUCGCGGCCCGGGCGCGAAGAAGUGGGAGGAACGCGAAAAGCGCAAGAAGGACACCGUUCGUCGAUUCUCCCGUGCUCGUGAUGUGUACAUGGAGGUCCGGGACGGUUUAGCCAAGGGCCUCCAGUUCUACACUGAGCUCACUGAGCUCACCGCCGUGCUCAAGCGAAACGCCAACUCCUUCAUCUCAGAGCGCAACGUUGAGCGCGAAGCCCUAGCGGCUCAGGCGGAAACGGAAAAGAGGCUAACAAUACCCAAGGCUUCUUCGCCGCCGUCUUAUGGGAACAAGCCACCGGUCCCUCCGCCUCCUCCUAAACCCUCCACGGGGCUGGAAUCAUCGCUGGCGUCCAUGAAUCUCCAUGGUGCCGCCGGUUCCGUCUCACCGCCUCCUCAGCGUCAAUGGGCUUCGCCUCCACCCUCCCAGCACUAUGCUCCUCUACCGCCGUCACAAACAGCGCCUUCUCGGACAUUCCCCCCGCCACCGGCGAACACCCAACCUUCGGCGCCGUACCUUACGUCGCCCCCGACUCAGCCUUCCUCCCAGCCUUCCUACGCACCAUCCGUCCCGCCCAACGACCCCUACGCCUCCCUCGGCAUUUUUGGGAACACGAGUGCCCCUUCGCCACCUCCUUCACGCCCUCCCCCGCCACCUCAACAGCAACCCUACCCGUCCUAUGGACAGCAGCCACAGUCGCCGUAUGGUCAGCCGCAGCGACAGCAGUCGUACCCUCCACCGCCACCGUCACAACGGCAGUACGGGACGUACCAGACCCCUCCGCCGCCACCUCCAGGCGGGUCCGCAUUGCCUCCCCCCCCUCCGCCAAUCAAUUACCAGUUGCAGUACGGCUCGUCUCCGGCCCCUCCGCCUCCACCGCCGUCGCAGCAGCAGAACCAGCCCUACUACUAUCAGAGCUACGGGCAACAGGGAUCUUAA